CAGUCGAUGGAGACCCAGAUACAGACAUGUGGCCAGACUCCAUCCCAGCUGCUGAUCGAGCCACACCCCCCUCGCUCCUCUGCCAUGCACCUGUGUUUUCUUCCCCAGAGUCCUCUGAUGUUUAAGGACCAGAUGCAGCAGGAUGUGAUCAUGGUACUGAAGUUUCCCUCCAACUCCCCGGUGACCCACGUAGCAGCCAACACCCUGCCACACCUCUCUGUCCCUGCUGCCGUCACCGUCACCUGCAGCAGGCUGUUCGCUGUCAACCGCUGGCACAACACCGUCGGUCUCCGUGGGGCUCCGGGUUACUCCCUAGAACAGGCUCAUCACCUGCCCAUUGAGAUGGACCCUCUCAUAGCCAACAACUCAGGUGUGAGUAAGCGUCAGAUCACAGACCUGGUGGACCAGAGCAUCCAGAUCAACACACACUGCUUCGUGGUUACCGCCGACAACCGCUACAUCCUGGUCUGUGGCUUCUGGGACAAGAGCUUCAGAGUCUACUCUACCGAGACAGGUAAGUUGACCCAGAUAGUGUUCGGCCACUGGGACGUGGUGACGUGCCUGGCCCGGUCAGAGAGCUACAUCGGAGGGGACUGCUACAUCGUGUCGGGGUCCAGAGACGCUACCUUGCUGCUGUGGUACUGGAGCGGACGCCAUCACAUCAUUGGAGACAACCCCAACAACAGUGACUACCCUGCUCCGAGAGCCGUGCUGACGGGUCAUGACCAUGAGGUGGUGUGUGUCUCUGUCUGCGCGGAGCUGGGCCUCGUCAUUAGCGGAGCCAAAGAGGGUCCAUGUCUGGUCCAUACUAUAACAGGGGAUCUGCUGCGGGCCCUGGAGGGCCCAGAGUUGUGCCUGAGGCCCCGCCUCAUCUCUGUGUCCAGCGAGGGCCACUGUAUCAUCUGUUACGAGAGAGGACGCUUCUGUAACUUCAGCAUCAACGGAAAACUCCUGGCUCAGAUGGAGGUCAACGACUCGACACGGGCGAUCCUGUUGAGUAGUGACGGUCAGAACCUGGUGACAGGAGGAGACAACGGGGUGGUGGAGGUGUGGCAGGCCUGUGACUUCAAACAGCUCUACAUCUACCCAGGCUGUGACGCUGGUAUCCGCGCCAUGGACCUGUCUCAUGACCAGAGGACUCUGAUCACUGGCAUGGCGUCUGGCAGCAUCGUAGCUUUCAACAUUGACUUCAACCGCUGGCAUUACGAACACCAGAACAAGUACUGA